GACUGAAGCCCGGGAAACCUCAUGGCGUGUUAGGCCGCGGUAUGGAGGAGGUGGAGAAGAGAGAAGCCAUUAUAUCUGAGCUGAGGGCGAUAGAGAGCAGCGCUGCCAACCUGGUGAAGUCACUUAGAGUAUUGGUGGAUUUAACAGACCCUGAGAAAGGAGAGCUGUGCCAGGCCCAAGAUAAGGUAUCUGAAUCUCUCUCGGUGUGGAAAAACUUGUUUGCUGCAUCCGCUCCACCAUCUCAACCCAGUUCUUAAAUGAUGUCAGUUUCCGAAAGUGGGGACAUGCCCCCUGACAUCUUAAGCAGCAUUGUCGAUGAAACUCGCCCAGAACCCGGCAAUGAAACACUCAGCGACUCAGAUCCUGAACUACCAGACGAAGCUGUGGUAGCCUCCAUUAGUUGUGGAGAAGAUGAAGAUGAGGAGGAAGAUGAGGAUAUUCAGCAGGAUAUAGAAAGAAAGCAGACGGUUACACCAUUCACCUUGAAAGGCACCGAUUCCAAUUUCUUUCAGCGCAGCCAAGGCAUCUUUGGAGGGCUGCUUUGUACAGAAAAAGCAAAGCCCUAUAAUCCGAUCAUUACAUCAAACGAAACCUUAAAAUUAUCUGAUUCACCUGAGCAAGAUAGUCUUGUGAGUACAGCAGAGCCUCCAUCUUUUAGUGCAAGCAAAACAGGUGCUAGCUCAUGUUCAGAAAACUCACGGAAGAGGCCCAUACAACGUCUUCCUGACUAUCUGAAACACCCAGAGCGCUGGACAAAAUACAGCCUAGAGGAUGUUCCAGACACCACAGACCAUACCAACCGCAACACCGCUUUGAAUUUCUUGGCAGAUUUGCAGCAACAAAGAGAAGGUAAGGAGUUGCCUGGUAGUGCCAGUUCUCAUUCUUACAACCAAGACUCUUCUAGUCCUGGGGAAAGCAAGAUUCUCUUCACUAGAACCCAAAAAGUUGUCCGGGGGAGCAGUGCGAAGAUUGAACGACCCCAUUGCCAAGUACAGGGUUCUGAGGCAUGGAAUGACGAAGAGCAAGAAGAGAGCGAAGGGCUGGGCGAGUGUAAAGAGACUACAGCAGCUGGGUUUCACGGAGUCAAAAAGCGCAGCCGAAAAAAUAUCAGAAGCAAGGCUGAUCCCAGUGGUGAAGAGGAUGCUUCAUGAACUGAUAUUAAAUUCCAUCUUG